GCAGCAACAGCAAUUCCAAAAAUUUAUAUUCAACUUAACCUCGCCUUAUUUUAUUUUUACUAAAUUUGUUAAAGUACCACGCAGAGUGGUACAAGACUCUACAUUUUGUUUCCAAUCGGAGGUUUUCACCGACAAAAAAAUUUUUACAAAAAAAAAUUUUGACAAUACUACUUAAUUCGUCAUAUUGUGUUUACAAAGAUCGUGAAGCAGAAAUGGAAUCUACGUCUAGUAAAGAUGAACAGAAUAAUCAGGAAGAUUCAGAUUCUUCAGAAAUAGAUGAGACAGAACCUAGAUUAAAAUAUGUUAGGAUACGUAAUGAUUUGGAACAUAUCCUGCAAAAUGAUGCAGCUAGCUGCAUUGCUGUACAUCCAAAAUUUCUUUGUCUGGGAUCACAUUGGGGAAUGAUCCAUCUUUUAGACCAUCAAGGAAAUAAUAUAAAAUCUAAAAUGCUACAGGCACACACAGUAGCAGUCAAUCAGAUAUCCAUAGACUAUAAUGGAGAUUUUAUCGCCUCUUGCAGUGAUGAUGGAAAGGUUUUUAUUUAUGGACUGUAUAGUACAGAAAACAAUCAUAAUAUGAGCAUGGGUAGACUAGUCAAGAGUAUAGCAAUUGACCCAAAUUAUAAAAGUGGUAGUGGCAGAAGAUUUAUUACAGGCGAUGACAAGUUAAUUCUUUAUGAAAAGACUUUUCUGGCUAGGAUGAAGCCAACAGUGCUUUGUGAAGCAGAGGGUGGAGUCAGAUCUGUUGCAUGGUUCGGUCACUUUGUUGCAUGGGCUUCUGAUACUGGCGUGAGAGUCUAUGAUCUUGAUGCUAGAUGUUCAUUGGGACUUAUCAAGUGGUCCUGUACUGCAGAGGUAUCACCAGAACACUAUAGGUGCAAUUUACAGUGGUCAGACGACAAGACACUAUUGAUUGGGUGGGUAGACAUUGUGCGUAUCUGUCAUAUUAGAAAACGUACUAUGCAAGAAAUGGUCAAUCGAGAUUUGCCUGAAUUUGUAGUAGAUCCAGUAUCAACAUUUCAAGUAGAUUUUUAUAUAUCCGGUAUAGCACCAUUGAAGAAUCAGUUAAUAUUAUUGGGUUGCCUAAAGGAGCUAGAUGAAAAUGGAAAGAAUCAACGCCCAACUUUACAUGUGGUUGAACCAAAAUAUCAAGAUUUCUCAGUAAUAUGUGCAAAUUCUCUUACCUUACGUGGCUACAAGGAAUACAGCUGCAAUGAUUAUCAUUUGGACUGUUUAAAAGAAGAAAAUAGAUUUUUUAUUGUUAGUCCAAAGGAUAUUGUAGUGGCUAGAUUAUAUGAUACAGACGACAGAAUCGAAUGGCUAUUGAGUCAUGGAAAGUUUGAGCAAGCUUUGGAAGCUGUAACAACAAAUAAUGGCAAAGAUUGUAAGAGGCAUACUGUAUUAGAUGUUGGGCGUAUUUAUUUGGAUCACUUAUUAGCAUGUGGAAGAUACGAUGAAGCUGGAAAACUUUGUCUCAAAGUUUUAGGACGAAAUAAAAAAUUAUGGGAGGAAGAGGUUUACAAAUUUGCUAGAGUGCAUCAGUUGCGUUCAAUUUCGUCCUACUUGCCUCGGGGUGACGUUAUUCUCGAUCCAUUAAUCUAUGAAAUGGUGCUAUAUGAAUAUCUAAAAAUGGAUCCUGACGGUUUUUUACAAUUGGUCAAGGAAUGGUCUCCAAAUUUAUAUACAGUGGCAGCAGUAGUUAACGGCGUAUUGGAACAUUUACUAGUUCACAAUCAACGACAGAACGUAUUAUUAGAAGCGUUAGCCAUUUUAUAUAUUCACGACGGCAAAUACGAUAAAGCGCUUGCUAUGUAUUUGAAGCUGCGGCACAAGGAUGUUUUCCAAUUGAUCCAAAAGUAUCAGUUAUAUAAUUCAGUAUACGAUAUGAUUGAAGGUUUGAUGGAUCUGGACACAGAACGUGCCAUACAAUUUUUUUUAGAGAAAGACAGAGUGCCGUCUGACACGGUUGUACAAAAAUUGCAACAUAAUCAUCGUUAUUUAUAUUUGUAUCUAGAUGCAUUAGAUAAGAGAGACACGAAGGAUUCAAAAGGCAAGUACCAUGGUCUUCUGGUACGAUUGUAUGCCGAUUAUUCGAGAGACAAGUUAUUACCGCUUUUACGUCGCUCUGAUAAUUAUCCGAUACAACAGGCUCUGGAUAUUUGUAGCCAACGUCGAUUUUAUCCAGAAAUGGUGUAUCUAUUAGGCAGAAUUGGAAACACUUCAGAAGCCUUGGCGCUCAUGACAAGAGAACUCAACGACAUGGAAAGUGCAAUUGUAUUUUGUCAGGAACAUGACGAUGAAGAGUUGUGGAAUGAUCUAAUUAAUUACUCACUUGACAAACCUGCGGCUAUUACAUUCCUUCUUCAAAAAAUCGGCACUUACGUUGAUCCUAGGCUUAUGGUGCAAAGAAUAGAACCUACUUUGGAAAUUCCAGGCUUAAAGAAAGCAUUGGUUAAAAUGAUAUGCGACUACAAUCUGCAGGUGUCUGUGCAGGAAGGUUGUAAAAAAAUACUGUCUAACGAUUAUUUCAAUCUCCACGAGCGACUUGUUCGUUGUCAUCAAAACGGCAUAUUUGUCGAUGAUGAUCAAAUGUGUGGAGCUUGCCAUAGGAAAAUAAUUGUAAGAGAGCCGCGGAAUAUAGUUGUAUUUUAUUGUAAGCAUUGUUUUCACGAAGAUUGUCUACCUAAUUUUGAUUUAAUUGAAAAUUGUGUGAUAUGCAAUUCGCAAAAAGAAAUAACACCUGGCAGAAAAUGAUAAAGGAGACACCGCGCCGAUGAUUUUGAUCUUGACAUAUGUUGUCAAGGUCAUGAUUCUGAGUGACCAACAGGUUUUAGAUGGUGGUCGCUGUUCGUUGAAAAAUUAUUAAUAGUCAAAGUUAGUAAUUAUUUCCUUGCUUUAUAUGAAAAGUCAGAUAACUUUUGGCAGGAACAGAGAUAUGGGGUGGACCGAUUAAAGGAAUAUGACUUUUCACUCAUAAAGCGAGUUUUACUUAUCUCAACAUCAGAUUACAUUGUUAAUAUAUUGACGGUAUCUCACACUCUCAAUUUUUGGGCAAAUGCUUUGUAGUGUUGUAUCGUGAAAUCUAUGACAUUGACAGGUUUUACUGAAAAAUUGAUAAUGAAAAAUUAAAUAUCACUUGUCGAAGUAGAUUGAGUGCAAAGUUUAUCUAAGGAAUUUAUUACCGACAAGAAGAAUCUGGAUAUAAUCCGCGAUUAGCUGUUUUAUUUCAGGAUGAUCCGCUAGAUAAUUCGUGUACCGAGCUAUAUCGUAAGACUGUUAAAAGAAAAACUUAUAAAAAUUUUUUUGUGAAAAGGAUGUGUGUAUGUGAGUGUGUGUUUUAAAUCUUACGUUUUAAGUAUUUCUGUGGUAGGACUUGUAAGCGAUAAGGGAAUCCACACACUUUUCAUAACAAUAAUCAUAAAGUGUACCGUAAGGUUAGCCAAUCAGAGCUGAAAGUUUUUGAAAAUUCUUGACUAUGAUUGGCUAAUUCUUACGGUCACUGUUAUAAGUGUGUGCGGACAUCCUAAAGAAAUUGUAUUGGAUUUAUUACUGAUUAUGAUAAAAGUUUCAAUCAGGGAACUCUGCUUCGAUGACCACGACAUAUAAUGUUAUCAAGCUCAUGAUGCUGACCUCCGACAGUUUUUAGUUGUCACUCGUUAUUCGUUAAAAAAUUAUUAUACAAAAAAA